UGCUCCGUCACCACAUCGACCUAUCGCGAAAUAUCCUCUGCACAUUGAAAUGGUUUCAUCGCGCUCAGUCGUGGGCUUUUCUGCUAACGGAAAUGGAUCUGCGAAAUCGGCAGUGAAUAACAGUGGCGGUGGCGGAGAGGUGCAUCUGUCCUCUGCAGACGUGAUCAGGCUGGAGCACGAAUAUGGGGCACACAACUACCACCCUCUCCCUGUCGUCUUCGAGUCCGCGAAGGGUGCUAAAGUGUGGGACCCGGAGGGCCGGGAGUAUCUUGACAUGUUGUCUGCUUAUUCAGCCGUAAACCAGGGUCAUUGUCAUCCACGCAUCGUGGACGCUCUGGUCCAGCAGUCUCAGAAGUUAACGCUCUCUUCUCGAGCCUUCUAUAACUCGAUGUUCGGCCGCUUCGCCCAGAAGGUCACGCAGAUGUUUGGAUACGACAUGGUCCUUCCAAUGAACACAGGUGCCGAAGCGGUCGAGACCGCCAUUAAGCUCUCCAGGAAGUGGGCGUAUCAGAAGAAGGGCGUUCCAGAUGGGAAAGCCAUUGUGUUCAGCGCAGAGGGUAACUUCCACGGGCGAACCAUCGGAGUCAUUAGCAUGAGCACAGAUCCGGAGAGCCGCGCCGGCUUCGGGCCCUACCUCCAGGCUGUCGGUCCGACCUACGAAGAUAACGGUGAGGUGAAGAUGAUACGAUACGGCGAGAUCUCCGACUUGGAACGUGCCUUGGAGCUUCACGGAAAGAAUGUGGCCGCCUUCCUCGUGGAACCUAUCCAAGGCGAAGCUGGCAUCGUGGUCCCUCCAGCGGGUUACCUAGCUAAGGCCCGCGAGCUUUGCACCAGGCAUAAUGUCUUGUUAAUCUGCGAUGAGAUCCAAACCGGUCUGUGCAGGACAGGAAAGAUGUUGUGCUGCGAACACGACAACGUCAGACCAGAUAUCGUAUUACUUGGAAAGGCUUUGUCUGGAGGAGUUUAUCCUGUAUCGGCAGUGCUCGCUGACCGGGAUGUCAUGCUUUGUAUUCAACCCGGAGAGCACGGCAGCACCUACGGGGGGAACCCUCUGGGAUGUGCCGUAGCUAUGACGGCACUUGACGUUCUUGUGGAUGAAAAGCUGGCGGAACGCGCAGAGGUUCUUGGAGAGAAGUUCCGCUCUGCAGUUCGGGCCAUCAAGUCUCCUCUGAUUAAGACUGUCCGCGGGCGUGGAUUGCUUAAUGCGCUCGUCAUCGAUGAGAGUGCUAGCACCAAAGGCCGCACUGCAUGGCAAUUCUGUCUGCUCCUCAAGAGCAGAGGCGUCCUUGCCAAACCUACGCAUGUUGAUAUUAUUCGCUUUGCACCUCCGCUUGUCAUUUCCGAGGAGGACCUAAUGAAAGCUGUCAAGAUUAUUGAGUCGAGCCUCGCCGACCUCGAUAAGUUGGACGAUAUUCCAGGCGAAGAGGAAAGCGAGAAAGGUCACAUGGAUAUGCUUACACUCUGAGGAGGCGUGUUCUCCUAGGGCCUACGAGAUGUUCCCGCACAUGACCACGCAUAGCACAGCACUCAUCUCUGUAUUUGUAGCUUCUCAAGUCUUAAUCAUUGUAACCACUCAUCGUAGGAAUUGACUAUCGUCCAAGCACAUGACGGGUUCUCAU